ACUACAGAUAUGAAGCAUUGUGUCAGUAUGACAGGCAAGCAUAGGGUCUCCUCUUUCCCAAUGGCUUCUAUGCUUCUCUUUCUCAUUGCAGCAUUUGCUGCUGGGCCUCUUGGCUUGGAAGCUCAUGUGGUUCGAGACUUUUCAUUGUGUAAGGAAUUCUUUUACAAAGACACUGAACCCACAGGUAUAGAUCAGAAUGCCGCAAGGAUCUGCCAGAAACGUGGAUUCUACUACUACGCUUCCCUGUAUUCCACAAGUCAUCGAAUACCACUGUACAGCGCCUACACCUUUGACUUUACCUGUAGGGACAAUCGUGUACAAAGAAGAGAAACCUGGUUUAUUGAACCACAGAUUUCUGACCUUGUUGGAGAAGACAUGGCUCUUCCAAGACAAAACAAAGAGAUCAUCAGACUUAAUCAAGCGCUCAACGAGGAUUAUGAAUACACAGAUUACGACCGCGGACACCUAAACCCGAAUAAUUAUCACUGUAACGAAGGCCGUACUGCCACGUUCACGCUGACCAACGCUGUGCCCAUGGAUGCGUGUUUCAAUCGAGUCUAUUGGAGAAAAUAUGAGGAUUAUUUGGGGAAUAUAGUACUAGAACUUUCUGGGAUGGGAACCGCCUAUUUUGUGACAGGGGCUGUGCCUUCAAGAAAUAGAAUACCUGUGCCAGGUUUGGACGCCACUGAAGAAGACAGGGAAUUUAGUAGGGUUACAAUUCCCAGUCACACAUGGACUGCUUUGUGCUUUAAACAUAAUAUUGAGCAGUUUUCAUUUUCUAUAGGCUACAUCGGAGAGAAUAAAGCAGAUGCCAUCAUCCAAGUAAUGUCAAUCCCUGAUCUUGUUCGCGUGCUGGGUGGGCUAUACAACAGCCCUCACCUGCAGAUCUUUGAAGAUGAUUGUUAUUCUUCUACUCAGAAAUCCCAAAAAAUUCUACAGCAACUCUUUAAAAAACUGCAUCUCCCUCAAUUUCAAAGACCGUUUUCCUUUGAUCAAAAUGUGCAAAAUAUUUUAACUGCAAGCUUAUCGAAGAGGCAGAGGCGCAGUGGCAGUCACGAACUGACUAAAAAGCCCAGAAUUACUCACAUGAAGGUGGAAUUGAACUACGGAGACAUGACAGAGUGGUUCGACAACACAGAGUACAUGAAGAGCAAUGCCCUCACUACUUGUGUGUUCGAACCCAAGUCGAACGUGCACUCUUCCUGGCCGACAUACACCAGAGAUGAGCUUCGUAAGAGACGUUCUGCUGAUAAACUAGACGAUUACAUCUAUACACUCGUCCCGGAGAAGUCUACACCUGAGACUGUCAUCACAGCCGAUGGUACUCAUUGCAAAGAAGGCACUACAUGUUCUGACGGCAGCUGUCUGACUGAGCAAGGGACAAAAGAGUGCUGCACUUCACCUUGCCUGUAUAAUCACUUCUGGAAAGAUUUCAUGUGCAAUUCGGGACAGGAAUCAAUCCAGUGCUCCACCCAGUAUUCCACUGUGACUGUGAAUGGUAAAUCAUGCAGACAAGAUCACUCAUGUGGGACUUAUGGAGAGACGUAUUAUUGGUGUUACACGGCUGGCAGUGAUUGGGAUUACUGCAGUCCGCCUUUUGUAAACAGCAUAGGUUUAAAUGGAAAACCUUGCAGAAUCGACCAUGAAUGCAGCACCUAUGGGGAAAGUUACUACUGGUGUUAUACUGAUCAAUACAACCACUGGAGUGAGUGUUGCACUGAUAAAGACCCCUAUGUAGCUCUGAAUGGUAGAACGUGUAAACCAGAACACAGGUGUGGCACCUAUGGGGAAACUUAUCUAUGGUGCUACACUACAGAUGGUUCAUGGGAUUACUGCUGUACACAAUAAAACUUAAGCUCUUUCCUUUCCAUUAGGUCGCUAUGCUUUCCUGGUUUCUUUCUGCUGUUGCAAAACCACUUGAUUAUAAACGUAGGCAGACAGAAUGUAAUCUGCUGUGCCGUUCUCUGAAGCAUUUCUUUACCUGUCAUUCUUUGCAUUGCAAUAACAGUUGAAUUUAAAGCUUACGUUGUCAUUAAUUGAAUUGAAUGGGAUUGGGAUAAAUGGCAGGGUUAGACAAGAUGAAAAUGGAAAAUCAUUUACUGCUGUAGUCUGUUUGAAAACAUUCUGAUCGAGCAUUAAAGGACUUGUUUACCCUAUAGAAAAAUAAAAUAAAAUAAAUAUUAUUA